GUCUUUAAUACAGUGAUACACGCGUAGGCAGUGACAGUGUUUUCAUUGUAAACUGUAAAGUUAAAUGGAUAAGGCACAAAAUUAGCAAAGCCCACCGGCCUCAAUUGCCUCCACACUCAAAUAUAAAUUUGUAUCAAGCACAUACCAGACUCUCUCACUCACACACAAACAAAAUCUAAGAAAACAGUCUCUUCUCUGCCAUGGAAGUUGAAAGAGCUAGUUCUGAAAGCAAAGCGAGUCCCGUGAGGAAUAUCUUUCUGGUGUCUUCAAUAGCAGCUGGGAUUCAAUUUGGAUGGGCUCUACAGCUAUCUUUGUUGACCCCAUAUGUUCAGCUUUUGGGUAUUCCUCACAAAUGGGCUGCUUUCAUUUGGCUCUGUGGUCCUAUCUCCGGCAUGCUUGUUCAACCCAUAGUUGGCUAUUACAGCGACCGUUCCACCUCUCGUUUCGGUCGCCGUAGACCCUUUAUUGCCGCCGGAGCUGCCCUCGUCGCCGCCGCUGUUUUCCUCAUCGGAUAUGCUGCUGACUUUGGUCACCUCUCUGGUGAUUCCUUAAACAAAACCUCGAAGCCACGUGCAAUCGUUGUGUUUGUGGUUGGGUUUUGGAUCCUUGAUGUUGCUAACAACAUGUUACAAGGUCCAUGUCGUGCUUUUCUAGCUGAUCUUUCCGCAAAUGACCAGAAAAGAAUGCGUAUAGCCAAUAAUUUGUUCUCUUUCUUCAUGGCUGUUGGUAACGUAUUAGGCUAUACUGCUGGUUCACUCAAAAAACUCUACACGAUUUUGCCUUUCACACACACUAAAGCUUGUGAUGAGUAUUGUGCAAAUCUCAAGACUUGUUUUUUCAUCUCUAUUGCAUUGUUGUUAACUUUGACCACAUUGGCUCUCACUCUGGUGAAAGAAAAAACUUUUUCAGAACCAGAAGUAGAUUCUGCAGAAGAGGUUGUUAAAGUACCAUGUUUUGGUGAAAUGGUGGGGGCUUUCAAAGAGCUUAAAAGACCCAUGCGGAUUUUGCUCUUGGUGACAUGUUUCAACUGGAUUGCAUGGUUCCCUUUCCUUCUAUUUGACACUGAUUGGAUGGGGAGAGAGGUGUUUGGAGGUGAUGCUACUGCGAAAGGAAAGCUGCUGGACUUGUACAACGUGGGUGUACGCACUGGUGCAUUGGGGUUGAUGCUUAACUCUGUGGUGUUGGGUUUCACAUCUUUAGGGGUGGAGCACUUGGCGCGUGGGGUCGGGGGAGUGAAGCGUUUUUGGGCUAUUGCUAAUUUCUUGCUAGCUGCGUGUUUGGCCAUGACUGUGUUGGUUACCAAGUUGGCCGAGAAGGCUCGCAAUGGUCAUCCGGUGGCGACGACACCACCGGGAGGCAUUAAGGCCGGCGCUUUGGCUCUCUUCGCGGUGUUGGGUGUACCGCAAGCGGUGACUUAUAGCAUUCCUUUCGCUUUAGCUUCCAUAUUUUCUAGCACAUCAGGCGCGGGCCAAGGACUUUCUUUGGGAGUUCUGAAUCUUUCAAUCGUGAUACCUCAGAUGAUUGUAUCGGUUACUAGUGGACCCUGGGAUUCCUUAUUCGGAGGUGGUAAUCUACCAGCAUUCGUGGUGGGCGCUAUUGCAGCUGCAAUAAGUGGAAUAUUGGCACUCACCAUGCUCCCAUCCCCACCCCCUGAUGUUAACAAUUCCAAAAGUGCAAGGCCUGUCAUCACUGCCUGUCAUUGAGAAUUCCCAAGUUCUUUUAGGUUCAUCCCCCACUUUUAUCGUGGGACAGUUGUAAUAGAAUAAUUAUUAGGUACUCCUAGAGUAUGAUAAUAUGGUCUUCACUAUAAAUAUAAGAAGAGGAAGCAACAUUUAAUCA